GUGUAUGAUCUUAUUGGCGCUGGUGGUGGUGUUCGUGGCAAUGGUGUUGACUCAACUAACCCAGGCUCGACUCCAACGCCGUCUUCAAGAGAUUAGUCUGUUGGGGAUCACUAAGGAACAGGGAACGAAAGGAUCAAGAGAGAGAAAGAAGGCGGGGGAAAGACAAGACGAGGCAGGACGAGUGGGAGAACUUGUUGACGACCGUGUGUGGACCUCCUGGCAGUGGUCAAUGGCAACACCCCUGGCUCAGUCGUCGCCAUGGAAUCCAAGGGGCAUGAGCAUACGGGUGGUGGCGGGUAUAUGGUUAUUGACAGCACUGGUGAUAAGCUCAAUCUAUCGGUCUAACCUGAAGGCCAUGUUGAUUUUGCCUAAGGUGAGCCCUCCCUUCACCAGCCUUGAGGAGCUCCUCAAAACCUCCAUCCCCUGCUACGUCCUCCAGGGCACAGUGCUGCAUGGAGAAAUUCUCACGGCGGAGCCCGGGAGUCAUCUGUACAAACUCAGGAAACAGAUGAUAUCUCACGUGGACGUCCCUAGAGCAGUGAAAGAUCUUCUUCAAGGAAAACACGCAGCCCUUAUCCCUCUCACCUCUCACUUGAACAUUCAGCACAACAACUUCUUACGGACAAGAACCUGUUCUAUAUACAUGAAACCUGCGGAUCUCAGCAGCUUCCCUCACCGGUAUCUCUUCCCCAAAGGUUCGCCUCUCGUACACAAGCUCAACCCCCUAUUAACGAGGCUGAAAGAGUCGGGUGUUCUGGACUACCUGUACUUCAGUGAUAUCUACCACGGCAUAAAAUGUCUUAAGACCACCACCACCACCACACUGCUCAGACCUCUCGAACUGGGUGACUUCUAUGGCGUGUUCUCUCUGUAUGGUGGAGGAAUGUUGAUUGCUGGUUUGACAUUCAUUCUGGAGCUGAUCGUAGGUGUUCACAGACACAAUGAGUAAGCUGUCGUGCUGGUACACUCAAGAUUCAGCACUGGCACUUCCUCUCCGUAUUAGUGCAUGUAGAAUUCAGCCGCCACAUUGAUGCACUGAACUUUAGAGGACACAUUGGCGCCCCAAGAUGAACUCUUCUAAUGAAUACUGCAUUGUCAGCCCCGGGUCUACCACAGUACCUGAAACCUUUCCAAUUUCCUGUUAAUCCGUCCACCUGCAGGCCCAACUAGGGCUGUAAUGUCCAUCCUCUUCGUUUUCUAAUUAUUGUAAUGGUGUAUAACCUGGCGCUGUGCCGUCUCCUCCACUAUGUCUUCUGAUUGGUUGGUGUAUUGUUGACUAACGUUAUAACAGUACAUUCCUUAUAUGAACUAAUUUAAGACAAUAAAAUAGCACCAGCAUUAGUGCAGAUUUUACUAAUAAGCUCUAGUUAU